AUGGUAGCAAUGUUUGAUAAGGUAUCACAAAUUAGGUCGCAGGCUACAAGACAUUCCUUGGAAGAUGGUCCAGAGUUACCACCCUUGGAUUUUAAUACCAGGUGUAUAGGUCAUGCGCGAUACGUAAUCUACUUUAACGAAAGACUUUCGGAUGGAGCAGUUUCUACUGGAUAUCCAGGUGGCUACCCUGAAGGUUUUGAACAAUCCGCUGUUACUGAAUUAUGUGACGUAGAGGUUCAAGGCUGUAAAGAACGUGGUAUGUUUGGUAAAAACUGUAGUCUACGAUGUCCUGAAGCAUGUCAAGAAAAUAGAUGUCAUAUCCUGGACGGAACUUGUCUAGGAUGUAAGCCUGGAUGGGUAGGGGAUCACUGUGAUAAAGCUUGUCCGAUUAAGCAGUAUGGACUUGAUUGCAAUAAGACCUUUGCUGGAUAUUGUAAAGACAAUAACACCUAUGAUCACGCAACAGGUCAAUGCAAGGACGGAUGUGCUUAUGGAUGGACAGGAGCGCAUUGUGAUGAGAGAUGCCUUGAUGGGGCAUAUGGUAGUAACUGCAUUUAUAACUGCACGGGGAAUUGUCUAAAUGAAAUUCCGUGCAACAAAAUCUCAGGAAAGUGUGAUACUGGGUGCAAACCGGGCUAUACCAAUGAUAAAUGCGACAAAG